AUGAGUUUCGAUCAGCGGCUGCUUAGCCUGAACAUUGCCGACAGGCGUCAGUCUCCUGGAAGCUUCGCCAUGGUCGCAACACCACCUGAGGAGACAGAGUUGUGCCUGGAUCACUUUUCUGCGACAUCGAGACGCGAAAAAGAGGACCACCAUCGCUCGCGGCAGGACGUUACAAAGAUGACGCCGGAACCCGAGGAUCCCAUGACUCGGAUCUAUCGCUACACACCAGUCCCCACCAUUAUUCUUGAUGCAUCCCUACAUAUCGUUCAGGUCUCGGAUAGCCACCUUGAAUUCUCGCACCAGACCAGGGACACGCUUCUGAACACUAGCAUUUACGAGAUUCCCCCCCGCACGAUUCCGGCCCCGGACAUUGCAACUCUCAACGGUGCGAUUCGGGCAGCCAUCACAUCCAAGGCUGUGCAGGUGAUUGAUCACAUUUAUUUGCCCGAUAUCAGUUCAUACAUCAGCCUGCGUAUGACACCGAUCUAUGAAGAAACCACGUUGAUCUAUCUGGUUUUAGAAGUGCAUAACAUCACCAAAGAGCAUGACGAGCGGAAACCAAGCAACCAACACACCUAUAUCAACGAAACGUACAGCGUUCUCUUGGAUACCGUCAAAGACUACGCCAUUUUCAUGUUAGACUGUCGCGGACAUAUCGCGACUUGGAAUUCAGGCGCUGCCAUUUUGAAGGGAUACUCAUCUGCAGAAAUCAUUGGGCAGCAUUUCUCUAUCUUUUAUAGCGAAGAUGAUUGCCUCGCAAAGAAGCCAUCGAAAGAGCUUGAGGUAUGCCUGCGCGAGGGUAAGGUGGAGGAUGAAGGCUGGCGGUACCGCAAGGAUGGUUCACGAUUUUGGGCCAAUGUCAUCAUCACCCCGAUCUAUCAGUUUGGCCGCCAUGUGGGCUUUGUCAAAGUCACGCGAGAUUUAACGGAACGAAAAGCAGCAGAGGCGCGACUGAUUUCGGCUUUUGAAGAGUCUUCCAAAAUGAAAAGUGACUUCUUGGCUAAUAUGAGCCAUGAGAUUCGCACACCGAUGAAUGGCAUGACUUUGGCUCUGACGAUGCUCACAGGCACUGAAUUGAGCAAAGAACAACGGGAAUACGCGUCUAUACUCGAAGAUUCGUCGGCUAUUCUCCUUCAGGUGAUCAACGAUGUUCUUGACUACUCGAAGCUAUCUUCCGGAUCGUUCACCUUGAAUUCCGAUAUUGUGGAUAUUGAUAGCGUUGUUGGGGCAGUCUUACGUAACUCUAAGUCAGCUCUUAAACCGGGUGUUGAACUGAAGAGCUUUGUUCCGAAAGAUUUCCCCAAGCAUAUCAAAGGUGACCCGCUACGAUAUAGACAAGUGUUGCAGAACCUAGUGGGGAAUGCCGUCAAGUUUACUGAGAAAGGAUAUGUCCGUAUUUACACUUCAUUUGUUGUGGAUAAAGAGAAUCCGGAUGUUUACGAUGUGUUGACCGAGGUGGUCGAUUGUGGGAUAGGUGUGCCCGAAAGCGCCGUCAGCACUCUAUUCACCCCUUUCACACGAUUUGCGGAUUCCGCACAGCGGCGAUAUCAGGGAACCGGGCUUGGGCUAUCUAUCUGUAAAAGCUUGGCUGAACUUAUGGACGGUUCUGUGGGAUUCCGACAUAACCCGGAGGGACAAGGCAGCAUUUUCUGGUUUACAGCGAAAAUGGGUCGCACCGACGUGAAUACUGAAACCGUGGAAAGGCCGUUGGGUACAUCGAGCCCUGACGAAUUAAUUGACUUUUCCGCCGAAAUUCGAAAGAUAGCACCACAGAAGCGCAUUCUGGUCGUGGAGGACAACAUGGUGAAUCAAAUGGUGAUGCUCAAACUCCUUAAGACUCUGGGGUUUGAGUGUGUGGACUCGGCAUGGGAUGGGGAAGAGGCUGUCCGGCUAGUCAAGCAAAUGCCUCUAUCUUACAAUGUUGUUCUCAUGGACAUUAACAUGCCGGUUUUGGAUGGCUUGGAGGCCACGUCAGAGAUUCGAAACUUGAACCCAGAUGUGCCCAUUAUCGCUCUCACAGGGAAUGCGCUGAAAGGGGAUGCAGAAACGUAUCUUGCCAAGGGGAUGAAUGAUUAUAUCGCGAAACCCGUUCAUCGCAAACAACUCGUAAAAUUAUUGUGGAAAUGGAUGGGAACAUGA